AUGAAACAGAUCUAUCUAUCUAUCUAUCUAUCUAUCUAUCUAUCUAUCUAUGGGGUGUUCACGUCUAUGCAUUGUGUUUUCUUUACAGAGGAUGUGGUACAGGAAACCUACCUAAGCAAACACUAUGCACAUACAACCCAUUUUCUCUUGCAUUUAAAUCUUUCGUAUUUCGUCCCCCCCCACCCUAUUGACCGUCAUCGUCCGUCUAUUUGUGUAUUUAAUGCAUCAGGCUUCAGAUUUUUCAUAAUUCUAUACGAUUUCUUUUCGGUAUCUUUGCCCGUUCGUUCCGUUUUCAUUUUUGUAACAUUAAGUCUGCUUCCUCGACUUUCUGCUUCUACCAUCAUUUCUUUCUUUCUUUCUUUCUUUCUUUCUUUCUUUCUUUCUUUCUUUCUUUCUUUCUUUCUUUCUUUGAAACCGUCACCUCUUUUUCUUAGCCUUUCCUUUCCACAAUAUUUUCUUUCUUUCUUGCUUUCUUUCUUUCUUUCUUUCUUUCUUUCUUUCUUUCUUUCUUUCUUUCUUUCUUUCUUUCUUUCUUCAGUAAUCUCCUCCCUUCUUUCUUUCUGUCUUUCUUCUUUGUUUGUUUGUUUGUUUGUUUCUUUCUUUCAUUCUUUCUUUCUUUCCUUCUUUCUUUCUUCAAUAAGUAUAUCAUUUUUUCUAUGCCCUUCCUCAUAUAGUCUCCUUUCUUUCUUUCUUUCUUUCUUUCUUUCUUUCUUUCUUUUUCUUUCUUUCUUUCUUUCUUUCUUUCUUUCUUUGAAACCGUCACCUCUUUUUCUUAGCCUUUCCUUUGCACAAUAUUUUCUUUCUUUCUUUUUUUUUCUUUCUUUCUUUUUUUUUGAAACUUUCUUUUUUCUUAGAAACCUUUCCACAAUAUUUUCUUUCUUUCUUUCUUUCUUUCUUUCUUUCUUUCUUUCUUUCUUUCUUUCUUUCUUCAGUAAUAUAUUAUUUUUUCUAUGCCCUUCCUUAUAUAGUUCCUCCUUCUUUCUUUCUGUCUUUCUUCUUUGUUUGUUUGUUUGUUUUCUUUCUUUCUUUCAUUCUUUCUUUUCUUUCCUUUCUUUCUUCAAUAAUUCUCCUUUUCCUUUCUUUCUUUUUCUUUCUUUCUUUCUUUUUCUUUCUUUGUUUGUUUGUUUCUUAGCCUUUCUUUUGCACAAUAUUUUCUUUUCUUUUUCUUUCCUUCUUUCUUUUUCUUUUCUUUCUUUCUUUGAAACCGUCCUAUCAUUUUUUCCUUUCCAUGCUUUCUUUCUUUCUUUCUUUCUCUUUCUUUCUUUCUUUCUUUCUAGUAAGUAUAUUAUUUUUCUAUGCCUUCCUUUAUAUUUCCUCCCUUUUUUCUUUGUCUUUCUUCUUUGUUUGUUUGUUUGUUUGUUUCUUUCAUUUUUUUUUCUUUCUUUUUCUUUCUUCAAUUAUAUCAUUUUUCUUUUCCUCUUUCUCCUUUUUUUUUUUUUUUUUCUUUCUUUCUUUCUUUUUUCUUUCUUUCUUUCUUUCUUUCUUUCUUUCUUUUUCAAUUUCUUUGCUUCCACUUCUCUUUUGUUUCUGCAUUCUGAUUCAACUGAUUUCGUCAAAUUCGUUCGUUCAUUCUUUCCUUCCUUACUUCCUCCCUCCUGUCCUUGCUUACAUACUUCCACCCAUCCUUCCUUCCUUCCUUCCUUCCUUCCUUCCUUCCUUCCUUCCUUCCUUCCUUCCUAUCUUACUCCCUUCAGUCCUUCCUUUCUUUCUCCCUCACACCCUUUCUCCCUUCAUUACUUCCUAUCAUCCUACCUUCCAUCCUUUCUUCCCCCAUUCCAUCCUUCUUUCCUUCUUACCUUCUUUCCACCCCCCGCCAUUCCUUACAUCCUUCCUCCCAUCAUUCCUUUUUUUCUUCAUUCCUGCCUUCCUAUCUUCCUCCCUUCAAUCCUUCCUUCGUUUCUUCCACCUUACCUCCCUUCCUUCUUAUCAUCCUCCGUUCCAUCCUUCCUUCCUUUCUUCCUCCAUUGCAUCCGUCUUUCCUUCCUUCCUUCUUCCCUCCCGCCCUUCUUUACAUUCUUCCUCCCAUCCUUUCUUCCUUACUCCCUCCCUACCUUCCUUCCUUCCUAUCAUCUUCCCCUUCUAUCAUUCCUUCCUUUCUCCCACCCGCCAUUCCUUACAUCCUUCUACCCUUCCUUCCUUCCUUCAUCCAACCAGACCAACCUUCCUUCCUUCCUAUCUUCCUCGCUUCAAUCCUUCAUUCCUCCCUUCCUUUCUUCCUCCAUUCCCUCCAUCUUUCCUUCCUUCCUUCAUCCGUCCUGCCCUUCUUUACAUUCUUCUUCCCAUCCUUUCUUCCUUCCUCCCUCCCUUCCUUCCUAUCAUCUUCCUUCCUCUCUUCCAUCCUUCCUUCCUUCAUCCAACCAGACCAACCUUCCUUCCUUCCUAUCUUCCUCCCUUCAAUCCGUUCCUUCCUCCCUUCCAUCCUUUCUUCCACCAUUCCCUCCAUCUUUCCUUCCUUCCUUCAUCCGUCCUGCCCUUCUUUACAUUCUUCCUCCCAUCCUUUCUUCCUUCAUCCCUCCCUACCUUCCUUCCUUCCUAUCAUCGUCCCUUCCACCCUUCCUUCCUUCCCUCCUUCCUUCCUCCCUUCCUAACUUCCUCCCUUCCAUCCUUCCUUUUUUCCUUGUUUCCUCCCCCCGCCAUUCCUUACAUCCUCCUGCCUUCGUAUCUUCCUGCCUUCGUCUCUUCCUCCCUUCAAUCUUUCCUUCCUUCCUUCCUUCCUUCCUUCCUUCCUUCCUUCCUUCCUUCCUUCCUUCCUAUCAUCCUCCUUUCCAUCCUUCCUUCCUUUCUUCCUCUAUUCCAUCCUUCUUUCCUCCCUCCCGCCAUUCCUUACUUCCCUCCUCUCAUCCGUCCUCCCUCACUUCCUUCCUUCCUAUCACCCUCCCUUGCAUCCUUCCUUCUUUUCUUCCUCCAUUCCAUCCUUCUUUCUUUAUUCCUUCCUUCCUCCCAUCUUUCCUUCCUUCCUUUUCCCUUUCUUUUAUUCCUCCAUCACUUCCUUCCUUCCUUCCUCACUUUUAUUUUAUUAGCUUCUGUUUCUGCGUUUUGAUUCACCGAUUUUAUAUCGUUCGUUCGUUCCAUACAUCCUUUCUUCCUUCCCUCCUUCCUUCUUCCUUUCCUCCCUCUCUUCCCUCCUUCCUUCCUUCCUCCAUUCUUUCCUUCCACCCUUCCUUCCUUCCUCCCUUCCCUUCUUCCUCCCUCCCUACCUUCCUUCCUUCCUAUCCUCCCCCUUCCAUCCAUCCUUCUUUCCUCCCUCCCUACACUCCUUCCUUCCUUCCUUCCUUCCUUCCUUCCUUCCUUCCUUUGUUAUUUCCUUCCUUCCUUCUUUCCUCCCUGCCGCCCUUUUUUCCUUCCUUCCUUCCUUCCUUUCUUUCUUUCUUUCUUUCUUUUAAAUUUCCUCACCUAUCUACAAAAAAACCCCCCAAAACUCUGUUUUCGUUUUUACCGUUCCAGAAUACAUACCUUUAA